ACAACUGAGAUGGUAGUGGUUGGAGCGAUAUGAUUGGACGAGAAAUCAGCCAGUCAGAAUUUACACUUGUCGUAGGUGCGGACUUGUGCCAUGAGGGAGAAUGGCGGAGCUGAAACAUACCGUCGACAAUUCCAACUGUGGCUUGCAACAAGACGAAUUCGAUCCCUUUUCUGCUGACGUCGAGAGAACUGAAGAACAGGUGGACACGGCCCUUACAUCAGCGCCGUCAGAAGAAGAAUGGUACCAUGGCUCUUUGGAUCGUCGAACUGCAGAGGAAAGGUUGCGGAAAGCUGGAUUGGUUGGAUCUUAUUUGGUACGGGAGAGCCAAAGUAAACCAGGAUCUUAUGUCUUAUCAUAUUUUGGCAAAACUGGAUUAAACCAUUUCCGGAUCUCAUACUUAUGUGGUGACUAUUAUAUUGGUGGCCGUCAGUUUGACAGUUUAUCUCUGCUUAUAGGCUAUUAUACUAGGUGUUCAUAUUUGUUGAAAGGGGAACAGCUGCAGGAACCAGUAGCACCACCAGAGCCUGUAGAUGAUUGUCGGAAAGUUAUCGCCAUCCUCCCAUUCAGUGGUAUGCCCGACACUGAUGAGCUCAGUUUUGAAAAAGGAGAAAUUUUUAUUGUUCGUGAUGUACUUGACGAGACCUAUUGGGUGACUUCAACAGACGAUGUUUUGAGUUCAAUGUGUUUUCAUGAGAACCUUUCCAAAGAAGAUGCUGUUGAAAAACUCCGACAAGCGGGAAAUGGUAGUUUCCUUGUGCGUCCAAGUGAACACUAUCCGGGAGAUUAUUCUCUCUUUUUCCUUCAUGAUAAAACUGUGAUUCGGUUCAGAAUUGAAAAACAAGGCCGACAACUUUUCAUUGGUGGUAGAUAUUUUGACAGGUUAGAGUUGUUUGCUUAUAAUAAAUAUUCUUGUUUUAGUUACGCAAUAUUAAAUUAUACAGUUUUACUAGAAAUUGGUAAAAGAUUAUUUUCUGCUUUGCAGGAUGUGCUCAACGGAAGUGGUCCAAGCCUUGAUUCUGCCAAAACCAAGGAGUUAUAUGCUUCUUUAAAGCGAGGUACUGGGGCUAACUUACUUAAAAAACAAUGGGACAGAAUUGAUAUCACGGGUUAUCUUAAGAAACGACAAAAGACUAAAAAAUGGAAAAACAUGUACUUUAUAUUGAAUGGCACUGAACGGCAGCUGCGUUAUUUUGAAAAUGAAAGGAGAUCAAAGCCGAAAGGAAUGAUUGACCUUGCAUUCAGUUCUAUAUAUCCUGUCCAUGACAGUUUUUUUGGGCGGCCCAAUUGCUUCCAGUUGAUAAUUAAUGCUUACAACCACAUGUCUGUAAAUUAUUUAUGUGCUGACAGUACGGAUAAGGCUCAGCACUGGAUCCAAUCGUUGAAACCUUAUUGUGUAAAUAUUCAAACUCCUAAACCAAAUCAUUUAUCAGAAGCAUUGAAAGAAUUACGAAGUUUAUCAAUUGAAAUAUUUGAUGGACGAGAUUUGCCCAACAAACAUUUACCUCACCCCUAUUGUGUUGUGUAUUUAAACAAUGUGCAAGUGUGUCGCACUCAGGUCGGCAAAUGUCCUAACCCCUAUUGGGGUGAGGACUUUAUUCUUGAUGACAUUCCUUCUGAUGUGGAAAGUUUCACCAUAUCUAUUGUAAAUCAAGGUCGUCGUUCAAAAGAUGUUGAAGUUGUACAAACGACAAUAGAUUUGAAUGACUUGAAAAGUGGGGAGUUUAUUGAUGAAUGGUAUAGCUUACAACCUGUGAAUAUUGCUAGUCGAGGAGAUAUGGGUUCCCUUCGGAUAAAGUCUAGGUACCUCCAUGAAGUAAUCAUGCCACCAGGAGAAUAUACAACGCUUAAAGAGCUUAUCUUAACGAAUUUAGACAAUGUUCUUAUGUUAGCUCAAGUAUGUGUCAGUGAAAGAAUCUCUCUGGCCAAAGCUUUGUUGAUGGUAUUCCGACACGAGAACCAAGAAUCCAGACUUUUAGAAGCUCUCAAUAACAUGGAAAUUAAAAAAGAAGAUGAGGUGUCAACACUGUUCCGGGCUACAUCACUAGCUACCACCUUGAUGGACCAGUACAUGAAAAUGACUGCAUCAACCUUCGUACAAAAAGCUUCCAAAGACGCUGUCCAUACAAUCAUAGAAAGCAAACAGUCAUGUGAACUUGACCCUGCUCGAAUGGAGAACUGUGCAGAGCUAGAAGGCAAUGUGGAACACUUCCUGAUCUUACUUAAUGGGGCUGUUGAUGAUAUUUUCAACUCCACUGAAUACUGUCCACUAAUGUUACGCCACAUAUGCUAUUGUUUACAGAGAAGUGCCAAAAACAAGUGGCCCGAUGAUGAAAGUGUACGUACACGAGUUGUUAGUGGAUUCAUUUUUUUGCGGUUAUUGUGUCCAGCAAUUCUAAAUCCAAAGUCUUUCAAUUUAAUAUCAGAAACACCAACUGAAAUGGCAAUCCGUUCCUUGAAGCUUGUUGCCAAAUCAUUACAGAACUUAGCAAAUUUAGUUGAAUUUGGUGCUAAGGAACCUUAUAUGAAGGUAGUGAAUCCAUUUAUUAAAAUGAACAAAGAACGGAUGAUAACUUUUUUGGAUACUUUAUCGAAUGUUCCAGAAUGUCCAAAAACAAACCAAGAAACACCAGGAGAUCUUGCUCGAGAUAUGGCAACAAUACACACACUUUGUGCUAGUCACGUAGCAGAGAUCAAAUUGGCUUCUGAAACAAAGCCGGAACUGAAGAAACUGCUGGCUGUAACGGCACGAUUAACAGCGCACAAGAAAUGUUACAUGGGAGAAUCGUGACACCAGCUAAACUGAAUGACAAUUGUCUCUACUAAUUCCUGUGGAUCAAUGCCUCUUCUUCUCUCUGUUCUUUCUUCUCUUCCUUUUCUUCCUCCUGCUGUUGUUAUAAAUCACAACGACUGAUGCUUCUGCUGCUGCUGCUGCUACCAUUACACUUCAUCUGAUGCAGUAGAUUUUUCUGUGGUUGUGCUCUUCUUCUUUGCACAAUUGCUAAACAGAUCUCUGGGGGACAAUGACUAUAGAUCAGUCUUUUGUCAGCUCGUUUCGUUGGUAGAAUGUGAUGAUUUUAGGUGGAGACUGUGGAUAUAGAAGCCCUGACAAAUAGCUGUUUCCCUACACGAGCAGACAUAUUAACACAAGGAGGAAAAAAGUGUACAAGAGAUCAAUCUGAAAUGUUGGUACAUUAAUAAGCUGAUUGGUUUUAAAUGCCCUUCUUUUCAGAACUAUGGCAUUGAUACUAGCUGCAGUCAUACACUGACAGCUCCCUUUUGUUAUACAUUGUAUGGAAAUUUUUUAACACAGACUUCCAUCUUUGCCUUCUGGCCCUGAAAACAAAAUAGCAAAAUUCACUUUGGUUCAUUUUCCAUUAAAAAUGGUUGACUUUAUAAAUAUUAUUUACUCUUUAAUUUAUUCCAAAAGAGUUCUUCUAUUGGAAUAAAACAAAGAAAAUGAAGCAGAAAAGGAAAACAAAGGAAAAUUUGAAGAAAAAUUGAUGUCAUCAAGUUGAAUUACAGCACUUGGUUUAGUAAGAACUGGUGAGGCUGGGUGAGGAUGAUGUCUUGUAUGAAUCGUUUGGAAAUAACCAAACUGAAUGAUUGAAACGAUUGCAUGAUUGAUCAGUCAACUAUCACCAAAUGUUUGCAUUUCUUGAUAAAUAAAUCUUAAAAGUAGUUGAAAGACUACGGUGAUCUGGAAUAGAAGGAAGAACACCUUGAAAAAUAGUUUGGUUGGCUGUGAAACAUGCCAACAGACUGACAGACAAACUGGAAUAUACAAGUCUAAUGAAAACAAAAAAGCAAAAAACAAAAACAAAAAAAGAAAGAAAUCAAACCAAAAAAAUGUCCAAUAUAUUCAUUGAAAUUAAUCCAAGACUGCCCUUAAUCACUAUAUUUCUUACUGCUUUUUGUGAUAAAGACUGUAAAUAAGGUCCUUCUGUGUUAAGCAAUGUUACAUGAACUUUUCUGAGUUUAUUUUUCCCCUUCUUUUUGUUAAUGUUUUAAAAGUUACUUUUUGGCUUUUCUGUAAAAAUUUACCCUUCCUAAUCAUAAAAUGCAGCCUAAUGAAGGCCCUCGGCCUAACUGGCACCAGUAUUUGGCCUGAUUUUCUGGCUGUUGUUCGGGUUUGAUUUUUCUGGCAGUGAAGGUUAGCUUUUCUGGCUUUCCUUAUUAUUAAUAAAUUAUUGUUUAUUUCAAUAAAUGAGAAAGAUAGACAAGUUUGAGCAUUGGAUGUGUAGGAUUUAGGAACAGCAGUGUGUGUGUGUGUGUGCGUGUGCGUGUGUGUUUGUAUGUGUGUGUGUGUGUGUACACAUACAUACAAAGCAGGUAAAUAUGGCUUAGCAAGUUUAGAAUAUAAAGUGUUCUCAGUUUUUGAGGUAAACUUGAUGUGGUGUAACACACCAAAGUAAAUAGUUAGAUAUUAUUAUUAUUAUUAUUGCAUUUUUUCCCAUUUUCCUAAUUGUUAGCUGCUGAUUAAAUGUGAAAAGAUAUAAUAAUGUAUUGAAGAAAGGAAUUUGCUGAAGUUAUUAACUGCAGCCAUUGCAAUUUGUGUCUCUAGGUUUACUUUUCUUUCUUCUCCCAACAUUAGGAAGUGCAUCCAACUGUCGAGUACAUAUCCUUAAUAUUUCCAUUAAGAUCAGAAUUUUCAGAAUCAUUCUUUCCUUCUAGUUUAGUAAAAAAACUGUUGUGUAACUGAGAAAAUAGUUUUAAAACUUGGAUAUGACAAAAUAUUACAUAAUUUACAAAAAAAAAUU